AUGGCACAACCUACAAUAGCGGCACAACCUACAAUGCUUAAUCAGAUUAAAUUUGAAACAUUCGACCCAAAUAUUACGACUUGGGAACGGUGGCUACAGAGAACGGAAUUAGCUUUUACCGUUCUGAACAUUAAGAACGAGGAGAGAGUGUGCUACCUGCUGCUACACAUAGGUGGGAAAGCAUAUGAUACCUUACACACGCAUAUGAAUGUUCCAGACCUAUCGAAAGUUUCGUACAAAGAAUUAACAGAUAAAUUACAUGAACUUUAUGCACCGGAAAAAUUAGAAAUCGCGGAAUGUUACAAGUUCGGCAAACGAAUGCAACAAACAGGAGAAGGAGUACAAGAGUACGUUACUGAAUUAAAAAGAUUAAGUAAGUACUGCAAUUUCGGUACUUUUCUGGAUACGGCAAUUCGCAAUCAAUUGGUACAAGGGUUACAUAAUGAAAGGAUACGUCAAAGACUUCUGGAAACAAAAGAUUUAACGCUUGAAAAAGCUGUACAAAUUGCAUCAGCCAUGGAACUAACGGAAAAGGAGGUAAAACAAUUGCGUCAUAAUACAAGUUCUGUGGAGUAUUUACAUGCUGAUAAAACAAAUCAUAAGAAGAAAAAUACGAAAUCAGUGGAUACAAGAAAGAACCAAUACGCUCAGCCGGGCAGAUUUACAACCGAUAAACAAGCAAAGAGUACUCAUACGUACAAAGCGGUUAAGUGUUACAGAUGUGGAAAAAAACAUUACGCCACAAAUUGCACACUUAACAAAAAUGUCAAAUGUAAUGCGUGUGGAACGCAAGGACAUAUUGCUACAGUUUGUUUCAAGAAGAAGCAAGGCACUUACCAAUUGGAGGAUGUGCAUACAAAUAGUAUUGAAGAGAUCCUACAACUGGAACAUACGGACCAGAGAGGGAAAUUCUACACCAAACUGAGGGUCAACGAUAGACUAGUGGACUUCGAAAUCGAUAGUGGAGCAGCUGUUACUGUAAUGUAUAAAGAACAAGCUAGGUCACUGUUUAAAGGUGAAGUAAUACACAGGACUGAAAUUAAGUUAGUUACAUAUUGUAAAAAUCAAGUAGAAGUAGUAGGUUUUAUUACUGUUAAUGUUAAGUUCGCGAAUACAAAUUACAUAUUAAAUUUAUAUUUAACGGAAGUGGAACGCGCUCCCCUUUUAGGUAGGGAGUGGUUGCAUCAGUUAUUACAUGGUAAUUGCGCAGAUACAUUAUUUGUUCCUACAUCAGAAGUAAACUCGUUAGAAGAUAAUAUGGAAGUAGAGAUUAAAAAUCUACUUAAUAAAUACAAAAAUAUUACAGAUUCAAAUUUGGGAAAAAUUAAGGGCAUAGAAGCCAAAUUGACGUUAAAGGAAAAUUCGAAGCCUAUCUUUAUAAAAGCUCGCCCGGUUCCUUUCAAAAUAAAAGAGUUAGUUGAGAAAGAAAUCAAAUUGCUGGUAGCAGAAGGAAUCUUGGAAAAGGUCGAUACAUCAAACUACGCGACACCAAUCGUUCCAGUAUUAAAGAAGAAUAAUAGAAUUCGUAUAUGCGGAGAUUUUAGCAUUACGGUAAAUCCGCAACUCAUUGUCGAUGAGCAUCCUUUACCAAGCAUUGAAACUCUAUUUUCGUCUAUGGCUGGAGGCACGUGUUUUUCAAAGAUUGACUUAAAACAAGCCUAUUUACAAAUGGCAGUAGACGACAAAAGCGCGGAACUGCUGACUUUAAGUACACAUAUGGGGUUAUUCAAAUGCAAAAGGUUAUUGUACGGAAUUGCCUCUGCUCCUGCAAUUUGGCAAAGAGAAAUAGAGAAUAUACUCGCUGGGUUAGAAGGUGUCGAAGUGUUUUUAGAUGACAUUAAAGUUACGGCUCCUACAAAAAAAGAACAUCUAAAAAGACUUCAACAAGUAUUUGAAAGACUAAAUACAUACAAUAUUAAAAUAAAUACGGAAAAAUGUGAAUUUUUCAGAGAUCAGAUAAAAUAUUGUGGAUACGUAAUAGAUAGAAACGGUAUACAUAAAGAUGAUACAAAAAUUGAAGCCAUCGAAAAGAUGCCUAGACCUAAGAAUACUCACGAAGUAAGAGCUUUCGUAGGAUUUAUAAACUACUACAGUAGAUUUAUAAAAGAUGCAAUGAUAUUGUUAGAACCGUUUUACAAAUUAUUACGCGGAAACAAUAAAUUUUUCUGGUCUAAAGAGUGCGAAGAUGCAUUCAUACGCGCAAAACAAGCUUUUCAGAAUAAGAACUGUUUGGCACAUUACAACCCAAAAUUACCUUUAAUUUUAGCGACGGAUGCGAGCCCAUACGGUAUUGGGGCAGUCUUGUCACACAAAUAUCCGGAUGGCAGUGAGCGAGCCAUCCAAUACAUUUCAAAAAGUCUGUCUACAAGUCAGAGGAAAUAUUCUCAAAUAGAUAAAGAGGCAUUUGCCAUAGUUUACGCGAUUAAAAGACUACACCAAUAUCUAUUUGGAAAUAAAUUCACUUUAGUGACUGACCACAGACCACUUACACAAAUUUUGUCGCCGACAAAGAGUUUACCUGUACAUGCGGCAAUGAGAAUGCAACAUUAUGCUAUCUUUUUACAAGCUUAUACUUUUGAAAUUAAAUAUAAGAAAUCGGAACAAAAUGCGAAUGCCGAUUGUUUAUCCAGACUUCCAUUGCCGGAAGACAGUUCAAACAGAGACACUAUUGAUGCAUUCUUCAUUGACACAUUUGAUAGCUUACCUGUUACGGCAGAAAGAGUGAUCAAAGCUACAAGUAAAGACUUAGAAAUAAGUAAGGUUUUAGAUGCAUUAAGGAACAGUAUUACGCUUAAAGCCAAAGACAGAUGGAACAUAGACCAAAGAGAGUUCGCCAUCGAGAACGGGGUAUUAAUACGUGGACAUCAAGUAGUCAUCCCCAAAAGUUUGAGGAAGGAAGUACUGGAGGAGUUGCAUCAAGGUCAUUUUGGAAUCUCCAAAAUGAAGAAUCUCGCGAGAGGCUACUGUUGGUGGCCGAAUAUAACCAAAGACAUAGAAGAGAUUGCAAAAAGCUGUGCAGAGUGCAAUACGUACAAGAAUAAUCCAGCAGAAGUGGAAAAACAUACAUGGGAACAACCAACAAGUCCUUUCGAAAGAGUACAUGUGGAUUUCGCGGGACCGUUUCUUGGAAAAAUGUUUUUCAUACUUGUCGACGCGUACUCAAAAUGGCCAGAAGUGCACAUUGUGGAAAAUAUCACGACCGAAACUACAAUUAAAAAGUGCAAACAAAUUUUUGCAUACUUCGGAUUACCAAAGUUGAUCAUUACGGACAACGGAAGAACGUUCGUAGCAAAGGAAUUUAAAGAUUUCCUAGCCAAGAAUGGCAUUGUGCACAAAACAACAGCACCAUACAAUCCUUCGACAAAUGGACAAGCAGAAAGAUACGUACAGAUCAUUAAACGCGCAUUAAAAAAGUUGAGUCCAGAAAGAUCUGAAAUGGAAAGUUCAUUACUCUCCAUACUCACGAGUUACAGAGGUAUACCUCAUACGAUUACGGGAAAAACUCCGUAUGAACUCAUGUUCAACAAAAAAGUACGAACUAAACUAGACCUAUUAAGACCAACUACACCAACAAGACGCGUACGUCAAGAUCAAAUUUCAAAAGAAUUCACCGUGGGAGAAAGAAUUGCAGGCAGAAACUACGGUAGACAAGAAACAUGGCUAUUUGGAAAAGUAGUAAAAAGAAUAGGAGACAUACACUACAUAAUCGAACUAGACGAUGGUAGGAAAUGGACUCGACAUGUAAACCAACUGAGGAAAAUCGGUGAAGAUACAAGGGUGCAAUGGUCACUUAACACACAUUUGCCAGACUAUCAUAUAGAUACAGAAGAAAUUAUAAAUACAGGAAAUACAAGUCCAUCGAUGGUGCCCAUCACUACUAUCUAUAUACCGAGAAGGGAAGGAGGACUAGGAAUCAUCCAGAUCAACCUACACAGAUCCAGAGCGGCGUCAGGAAUGCUAAACACGUUAAUGAACAGAAAUGAUAUUGAUAUAGCUGUUAUACAGGAACCAUGGACAAUAGCUGACAAAAUUAAAGGAUUAAGUUUUGCGGCAAAUUUAAAUGUUAACUACAAAGAAGAUAGACCUAGAACCUGUAUUAUUCAUACUAACAGAUUAAAAUCUGUUAUCCUAUCGCAAUUCAGUGAUAGAGACACCACCACAAUGCUUAUAGAAAAAUACAAUGGCUCCCAAAGAACUAACAAAAUAGUCUUCAUGUCUCUAUAUCUCCCGCACAAUUCAACGGACCCUAUAACGCCUAAAAUAGAAGCUAUACAGGACUGGAGUUACCAAAAGGGUGCUGAAUUAUUAAUUGGAGUUGAUGCUAAUGCUUGUAACGAACUCUGGGAAAGUACACGCACCAUCCCAAGGGGAAAAAAGUUAUGGACUACAUUAACGCUAAUGGACUAA